AUUUCUUCCCCACUCAUAUCAACACUCCCCCUUCUCCUCCACUCAGCCGCCGUACCACCACCAUCCGCCACCGUACCACUCAAAACUCACCACCACUUCCUCUUCGCACUCUCCGGAUACACAAUUUCCGCUCAAAAUUACGGAUUCCAGAAAUUGAUUGAAGCAGAAUUUACUGCUUUCAACGCUCAUCCUCUAUUGGUGAUUUAAGUGGGAAAUGAAGGAUGUUUUCUUGGGUGGGGAAGUUAGCAUCAGCAGCAUUAUGGCUACCGUUAAGUCUCUAUGCCCGUAUGAACAAGGAUGACAGCUUAGAUGACGACAACGAUCCGCUCAUAUGGUGUAAGGAUUUGCAAAAACACGCGUUUGGAGAAUUCUCAUUUGCAGUUGUGCAGGCUAAUGAAGUUCUGGAAGAUCACAGCCAAGUGGAAGUAGGUCAUAAUGCCACAUUUAUUGGUGUUUAUGAUGGCCAUGGUGGUCCCGAAGCCUCACGCUAUAUUUGUGAUCAUCUGUUUUCACAUCUCGUUCGUAUUGUUCGAGAAAAAAGAUUAAUAUCCUUAGAAAUCCUUAAAACCGCUGUUUCCGCUACCGAAGAUGGAUUCAUAUCGUUGGUGCGCAGGAGCUGUGGGAUAAAGCCAUUGAUGGCGGCUGUGGGUUCUUGUUGUCUAGCCGGGUUAAUAUCUGAAGGCACAUUAUAUGUUGCUAAUAUGGGCGAUUCUAGAGCUGUUAUUGGGAAGUUAAAUAGGCCUAAAUCGAACAAAAUUGUAGCCGAACAAAUAACUGAAGACCAUAAUGCGUGUAUGGAUGAAAUUAGACAAGAGCUUAAGCAAGAUCAUCCCGAUGAUCCACAUAUUGUUGUUAUGAAACAAGGCGUGUGGCGUAUCAAAGGCAUUAUUCAGGUUUCAAGGACCAUAGGAGACGCGUACUUGAAGAAACCAGAAUUUGCUCUUGAUGCAUCUUACCCACGGUUCCACCUUCGUGAACCCAUUCGAAGACCCGUUUUAGGAAACGGUCCGUCUAUGUACACUAGAGAGUUGAAACCUGAUGACAAGUUCAUUGUUUUUGCAUCGGAUGGAUUAUGGGAGCACAUGACAAAUCAGCAAGUAGUUGAUAUCGUUCACAACAAUCCUAGAUCAGGUAUUGCGAGAAGGCUUGUGAAAUCUGCAAUAAAUGAAGCUGCACGGAAAGGCAAAAGGAGGUACGACGAGGUGAAAAAGAUGGAGAAAGGGUCUAGGCGUGCUGUGCAUGAUGAUAUCACAGUGGCUGUCGUUUUUAUCGACCAACAUAUGAAUACUGACAUCGAUGAUGUGUCGAUGCGUGGGUUCACUAACUCGACCACUAAAUCUAUUUUUAGCACCUUGCAAGAAAUAGGAAAGGGUGCAUCAAUCGGUUGACAUGUUUUGAAUGAUAUGAUUUGUUAAGAAAACACAUAUAACUUUACAUUUUUAGUUAAAUGUUCGAAUAAAUGAUCAGAUUUUUUUUUGACAAUA